CGCACGCCGGGCUGCGGCCGCGGGGACAGCGCGGAGCUCCGCGGGGCAGCGCGGCCCCUCCGCCAGGCUUCAGACAGAUGAGUAGAGAGCUGGCUGCAGAAGAGGGACAGAUUCCAGCUUGCCAGCUGCUCACCGUGUGCAGAGGGAAACCCUUGAGAUCAGCACUGGGAGGAAGAGGAGGGGUGGAGAAGGAGUCGGUGUGGGAUGUGGGACAGGUCUGAGCCCAGGAGCUGAGGGACAGCAGGAAUGGCAGAGCUUCACCCUCCCAGCAGCGAUGAGAGAGACUGACAGUGCUGCGAGUCCCUUCUGGCUCCGUCUGCCCCACGGCUGCUGCCGCUGCAUAUUCAUCGGAUGGUAAUGCACGAUGUCGGCAGCAGCGGUAGAGUUUGGCUCGGUCCCACUGCGUUUUUCUCCUGCCAGUUGUGACUCUGAGUCACCAUGACAACGCUGUGACACUUCCAGCAAAGGUUGCCCACGGACCAAGGGUGGGCUGGGGGUGGGCGAGAAGGUCAACGAUCGAGUCUGACGGGGUCAGGAGUUGCACCUGCAGCAAAACGACCGUGGAAGAGCCGCCGGCACGGCAAGAAGAUGAAAUUCCCCUUCCAUUGGCUUCUUGUUGAGCAGGCACAAUAACAUUUCCCUUCGAGAGACUCGCUGUAAAAACUCUUUUGGUUAUGGCUACUGAUCCGACGUGAUUGCGCGCGCGGCGACUUUGGAACUCAUGACUGGCUAUACGAUGUUGCGCAAUGGGGGAGUGGGGAACGGAGGCCAGCCGUGGGUGUUGAGGUGGUCCAGUCGGAUCCGGCUCACCUGGCUUAGCUUCACCCUCUUCGUCAUCCUCGUUUUCUUCCCCCUCAUCGCCCACUACUACCUGACCACCAUCGACGACGCGGACGAUGCCGGCAAGCGCAUCUUCGGCCCGCGCACCGGCAACGAGCUGUGCGAGGUGAAGCACGUGCAGGACCUGUGCCGCAUCCGCGAGUCGGUCAGCGAGGAGCUGCUCCAGCUCGAGGCCAAGCGGCAGGAGCUCAACAGCGAGAUCGCCAAGCUCAACCUGAAGAUCGAGGCCUGCAAGAAGAGCAUUGAAAAUGCCAAGCAGGACCUGCUGCAGCUGAAGAACGUCAUCAGUCAGACUGAGCAUUCCUACAAAGAGCUGAUGGCUCAGAACCAGCCCAAGCUCUCCUUGCCCAUCCGGCUGCUGCCAGACAAGGACGACGCCACCUUCCCCCUGCCAAAAUCCAACAGGAACUGCAGGCUGCACAACUGCUUUGACUACUCGCGCUGCCCGCUGACGUCUGGCUUUCCAGUCUAUGUCUACAACAGUGACGAUUACCCUUUUGGUAGUUCCUUAGACCCUUUAAUUAAACAGGCCUUUGAGGCGACUGUCAGAACUAAUGUUUAUGUUACUGAAAAUGCAAAUAUUGCUUGUGUGUAUAUAAUUUUAGUGGGGGAAAUGCAAGAGCCCGUAAUGCCAAAACCUACUGAACUAGAGCAACAGUUGCACUCUUUGCCAUAUUGGAGGACUGAUGGCCACAACCAUCUCAUCAUCAAUCUGUCGAGGAAGUCGGAAACUCAGAACUUCAUUUACAACAUCAGCACGGGGCGCGCCAUGAUCGCCCAGUCCACCUUUUACGACGCCCAGUAUCGACCGGGCUUUGACAUCGUGGUGUCACCUCUGGUCCACGCCAUGUCCGAGCCCAACUUCCUGGAGAUCCCGCCCCAGGUGCCGGUCAAGCGUAAGUACCUGUUCAGUUUCCAGGGGGAGAAGAUCGAGUCCCUCCGCUCCAGCUUGCAGGAGGUUCGCUCUUUCGAGGAGGAGAUCGAAGGCAACGCCCCGGCCGACUACGACGACCGGAUCAUCACCACCUUGAAGGCUGUUCAGGACAGCAAGCUGGACUUUGUUCUGGUGGAGUUCACGUGUAAGAACCAGCCCAAGGCGAGUCUGCCCACUGAGUGGGCUCUGUGUGGAGAAAGGGAAGACAGACUAGAGCUACUGAAGCUUUCUACUUUUGCACUGAUCAUCACCCCCGGGGACACCCGUUUAGUGAUCUCCGCCGGGUGUACCAUGAGACUGUUUGAGGCUCUGGAAGUCGGGGCCAUCCCGGUGGUUCUCGGAGAGCAGGUUCAGCUACCCUACAACGAUGUGAUCCGGUGGAACGAGGCAGCCUUAAUCAUACCAAAGCCACGUAUCACAGAAGUGCACUUUCUUCUGAGAAGCAUUUCUGACAACGACCUCCUUGCCAUGAGGAGGCAGGGCCGCUUCUUGUGGGAGACCUACUUCUCCACCUCCGACAACGUCUUCAGCACAGUCUUAGCCAUCAUAAGGACUCGAAUCCAAAUCCCAGCUGCUCCUAUCCGAGAAGAGCCUGCCGUGGAGAUCCCCCACCGGUCUGGCAAAGCUGCUGGUACAGACCCCAAUAUGGCAGACAAUGGUGACCUGGACCUGGGGCCUGUGGAAACAGAGCCGCCCUACGCCUCUCCCAAAUAUCUCCGCAAUUUCACCCUCACUGCAAUGGAUAUCUACAGGAAUUGGAAUUCUGCUCCGGGGCCUUUCCACCUCUUCCCCUACACUCCCUUUGACCCCGUUUUACCAUCAGAGGCAAAAUUUUUGGGGUCUGGGACUGGAUUUCGACCAAUUGGUGGAGGAGCAGGUGGCUCUGGGAAGGAGUUCCAGGCUGCUUUGGGUGGCAACGUCCCGCGGGAGCAGUUCACGGUGGUGAUGUUGACUUACGAGCGGGAGGAAGUGCUGAUGAACUCCCUGGAAAGGCUCAAUGGUCUCCCCUACUUAAACAAAGUUGUGGUGGUGUGGAACUCUCCCAAGCUUCCCUCCGAGGAUCUCUUGUGGCCGGACAUUGGCGUCCCAAUCAUGGUGGUGCGCACGGAGAAGAACAGCCUCAACAACCGGUUCCUGCCCUGGGACGAGAUCGAGACCGAGGCCAUCCUGUCCAUCGACGACGACGCCCACCUGCGCCACGACGAGAUCAUGUUCGGCUUCAGGGUGUGGAGGGAGGCCAGGGAUCGCAUCGUGGGCUUCCCGGGCCGCUACCACGCCUGGGACAUCCCGCACCAGUCCUGGCUCUACAACUCCAACUACUCCUGCGAGCUCUCCAUGGUGCUCACUGGUGCUGCCUUCUUCCACAAGUACUAUGCCUACCUGUACUCCUACGUGAUGCCCCAGGCCAUCAGGGACAUGGUGGACGAGUACAUCAACUGCGAGGACAUCGCCAUGAACUUCCUGGUGUCCCACCUGACCAGGAAACCUCCCAUCAAGGACACACCCAUGGAUCAUACACUGAGGAAUGGCUCGCUGGCCACUGGCUCUGCCCCUUCGCUAGCCAAGGGCAGCCAUUCUUUUUAAUUAUAAUUAUUGUUAUUUAAAAUGAAAGUGUUUUAGAUUUGCCACGUGAGGCGCUUUUUUUGUUUUCUUUUCUUUUCCCUCCCCUCUCCCCACCCCAUUUUCCCCUCUGGACCCUUCAGCCCAUCCCAGGGUGCUGUAGCAAGGCCAGGUUGGAGGUGUUUGGGCAGCUCCUGUUAGCACUGCUGUCCCCAUCCUUCCUGCCAUGGCACAGCCCUUCCCACCCACCAGAUCCUGGCUGCUCUUGCCCUGUGGCUGCUGCUGAGGCCUCUCAGGUGUCACCAGGUGAGGAGCCCUUUGCUCUGCUCCCCACCCUGAACCCCUGGACAGGGGUGGGGUUGUCCUGGAUGGUCCUGCCUGGCUCCAGCUCUGGCCCUGUGCCGUUCCCGUGCUGCAGCCCAGGGGGUUCAGUUGCUGCUGUCUCAGUGUCUUUCCCACCUUGUCCUGCUGAUCCUCUAAAGACAGGGAGCGUGUCUGGGGCUUAGGGAAGAUCCACCUGCAGCACAGCCAGGGCUCCUGCAGGCUCUGACCCUUCUCUGUGCUCAGCCUGGGUGUGCCAGGGCUGCAAUUCCCACUCUGCCUCGUCCCCAUCCCAGAGCGCUCCGUGCCUGUGUCGGGUUUGCCGUGGGCCUCAGCUCAGCUGCCUUAACCCCAGCCCAUCCUCACAGCCUGGCUUUGGGCUGUGUCUGAGGCUUAAUCCCAACAGGAGCUUCCCAUCUUCACACAGAUGCUGCUGGGAUCUGGUUCACAGCGUGGGUUUGGAGCUGGUUCCUCUCCCCCAGAGCAAAAUGCUGUCACACUGUGACCACCUGAGCUCAGCCUCAGGCCCAGCUGGACAUGAGGGGAGCACAGGAGGGAAGGGCAGAGCUUGGCCCUCAUGUGGUGUUAACCCUCAGCACAUCCCAGAUGUUUGUGAGCAGCCUGGAGAAGCUCUUGCUGGGUAGGUGGGAAGGUGGCAAUUGUGUGGUCACCUCGAUGUCCCUGGAUGUCAUCCUGGUGUGUCUCUGGUGUGUGGGAGCAGGGAUGGUCCAGCAGCAGCUCCUGGGCUCAUUCCCAAGGUCAGCUCUGUCCAUGCUCCUCCUGCACCACAUCCUGGGGCCUCUCCAAACUGCUCUUCCCAGGCUUUCCUAUCGGCACUGACACUUCCUCUGUGGGAAGGGGAGGGAAGGAGCAGCCUGUUCCCAGCAGAGCCCACGGCUCGUGCCUUCACCAGCACCACUGACCACAGCAAAAGGGAUCAAGGAAUCUUUUCCUAUGUUGUUUUUCCCCUUUCCAUUCCCUUUUUGUUUUAACAUCAGAUGCCCAAAACGCAGCACGUGAAGUCUCAGAGUCUCCUUAAAAAUGCCACGGGAGACUCCUGCACGCCCUGGAACCCCUGGAAGGAUUCUCUGAAUGUGGCACUGGUCAGGCUGUGUCAGCUCCAGCAUUCCCGAGGGGUCUGAGCUCUUUAAUUCCCUCCUCAUUAGUGGGGGUUCGUUAGCAGCGAUGCCGUGGCUCAGGCACAGCCCAGGCCAGGGGUCAGCUCUGCCUUCCCAGCCCUCCUGAAGCACAGAGUGACGUGGGAUGGACUGAACUUCAUCCAAACACAGGCACUGCUCAGCAGCCUUCAGCUUUCCAAAUCCAAAGGGAAAUGUUAUUCCAGUGAGAGCCUGGGGGAGCACGGAUGGGAUGGGAAGUGUUGGCAUUCCCAGGGUGUCCUGGGGCUCGGGAUGCUCAGGGAGUCAGAUCCCCAGGCUGGGAAUUCUGCUCUCCCUUGCUGAGUUUUGAUUUGAGGCCAGUUGAGAUCAGAGAUCAUCAGAACAAAUCCAGCUGCUCUUCCUCCCUCUCUUUGCCCUUUUCCCAAGCUGUUUUUUUGCUGGGAAGGUCCCCCUGUCCACUGUGCUGGAGCAGGGACAGGAUGUGCAGGGAUCUCUCUGUCAUGGGAUGAAUUCCUCCUUGCUGAGUGCCCCUAAAGGGGAAAGAUUUGGGAUGAAGGGGUAAAGAGGCUGCUCCUGGGAGAUACUUGGGCAGCAGCAGCGUAGGGAGGGAUGGAAUUCUGUGGGGAAAUGAAAUGCCAGCAGGAACAUCUUCCCCACCCACAGGGCUGGUGCUGCCCCUCCCAGAGCUGCUGCAGCUCCUUCCCAAAUCAUCCCAAACACCACGGAACCCCUGGAGUACAGGAUUGGCAUUCACAGCCAGCUCUCUGCUCCUGAGACAUGCCAGCACCUGGGAGGAGAGGGGGCUUUUCCAGAGAGUGCUCCUGCCCGUGCCACCAUCCCAAACAUCCUUUCUUGCUCCCACCCGUCGUUCUCCCGGGAUUUUCAGGGCAUCCCAGGGUCACUCCGAAGCUCAGGUUUGGUUGGAUGAUCCAUCCCAGCUCCUGGGGCCCGUGGCCUCCACCAUCCCAGCCCUGAGGAGACAGGAAGGGCUCUUGGCAGCUGCCCCUGUUCCCUGUUCCAGAGUUUCUGCUGCUCCCCCCGGGCACGGAGCGAGGCCUUUCCCGCUGUAAAUAGCAACGACCGAGGUGACACGGCCCCUGCCCUCCCCUUGUGAAAUCCCACGGUGCUGUGAGCACCAGGAUUUCAAAUCCAACAGGAACUGAGAGACAAGGAACACUCCUCCUUCGACACGAGCACAAUGUUGAGUUUUUUGUAAAAGGUUCCAAUAAAUGGAGAGUUUAACUUGG